UUUGAGUUAUUACAGAAAUAGAUAUCCAUUGCUUGCUUCAUAUCUGUCUUUAUCUAUUAUUGUCCUCAAUGAUGGUUAGACCGACAUCACCUUUGCAUUAUCUAUCUCCAUGUCGUAGCGGCAAUGGUUGGAAAGAGAUCGAGAAAGUCUAGCUCUCCUUCUCUGACGGGAAAUAGGGGUUUUCUCAACCGGCUUCCACCAAGUACACCAAGAUCCGGGACAAGCACUGUUGGUCUGAGUUCUAAUAACUUGGAUCCGACCAUCCAUAGCCGUGUGAUGGCUCUGGAGAUGUCACUGGCUUCGAUACUGCCUUUGCUCAGUCAAUUGUUCACUUUAAUAAGCCCCGCUAGCAUCACCCAUGACAAGUCAUCUGCUAGCAUCGUCCAUGACAAGUCUCCCUCUUUGUUCUUAGAUAGCAACUCUGGAGAUACUACCGAUUCAAAUGAUCCAGAGAAGGGUCGGGUUCCAAAAACUGCCAGGAGGGUAAAAGAGCAGGCAGGAGAACAGACACCCGUGAGUCGAGCAUUGCAGUUUCCGGUGAACGUCGGUGGUGGCCUUGAGACUAUGCGGGAUUACCAAUCUUGUGAGAAGGCCCAUUAUGGGAAGGCAAGUGGUGGGAUGUUGAGGAAAUGUGCUGAUAUCAUAAGGAGUGAGGACAAGACCUGUGUUGAGAAGGUUGAUAAAGCUAAGAAGGCUGAGAGAGUUGAGAAACCCCGAGAAACCUAUCAAGGCUGAGAUAGUUGAGAAGGCGGAGAAGGCUGAGAUACCUAAGAAACCUAUGAACGCUGAAAGGAUGACAAGGCCGAGAAGGACCAUAAGGCUACAAAGUUUGGAAAGGCCGAUGAGGUUGAAAUCACGAGCGGCGAUGACGCAAGAAUAAGUUAGUCGAGAUUUUAUGACUCUAGAACUAUUGGUUACUAUUGAUCCAAAUGGCUUUUACAGUUCGAUGAUGACCGAAGGAUAGGUGAGCACAUCAUUGUAAACCCCAGGCACGAUUUGUAUCCGUAUUAUAAAAAGAUGGAACGGAAAAAUGCGCUUAUGUUCAAGAUGAUGCUCCAAGAGAGAGAGCUGGACGAUAUGCGAACGUGAUUUGAUUAUGUUAACUUGUCUCCUGCCCGGCCAAAUGCUGGAUGAUAUAGUAUUCAAAUUUUCUUCAGAUAUCA